GCACGAUCUGACACAAUCUUCAAAGAUUCUUGGUCCUGACAGUUGACGCCCGAGCACUCCAUAUCAAGCAGGCAGUAGAAUUCAAGCAAAUAGAUAAGCCUGAAAGGUUUUCCUCUUCCGUCACAGCCGCGUUUGCAUGGUCUCACUUGCCUGUCUUAUGCGCGUAUCUGACGGGCACAAAACGCACCCUGGAGGCAAAUGGGCUUAUGCACACAACCCAUUUUAAGAGGAAGACGGGGUUCUGCGACCAGAAAAGCUACUGAAGACGGGCGCCAAUUCAAACCUUCCAUCAACCCAUGUUCCGGGAACGGCAACAAAUUUCACAUCCCGCUAGACCUUUCAGCGGUUCCUGCGAUUGAGGAGUUCGUUGGACGAGAAGAAGAACUAAACUGUCUAUGGGAUUAUCUACAACCAGCUAGUUCACAGACACGAAAGGUGGCUGUCCUCCAUGGUCUGGGUGGGAUUGGCAAAACACAACUAGCAAUUCACUUUGCACGAAAACACAAGAAUGAAUUUACAGCCAUAUUCUGGCUGAACGGCAAGGACCAAUCUGCCUUGGUUUCCUCUUUAAGUUCUUGCCUCUCUCAGAUACAAGGACAGCCUAUAGAGGAUCAGGCAGUCAACGAAGGGGAAGCUGUGCAAAGGGCAAAUCAAGUACUACAGUGGCUAGCGAGGCCAGGCAAUACUAGAUGGCUCAUCAUCUUUGACAACAUUGACCAGUAUUCUCUAAUCCAAGGCCGUGGUCACUGUGGAUACGAUGUCUACAAAUUCUUUCCAAAGGCUGAUCAUGGAUCUAUCAUGAUCACUUCCCGACUCCAGGGGCUCACUGAACUUGGGAAGUCAUUUCCAGUUCAGAACCUUUAUACAAAGAUGCUACACAGCUAUUACCUUAUAAAUCUUUCCAGCUUGCUUGAUGGGCUCUCGCUGGCAAUUGUCAUAGCUGGGGCCUUCGUACGUCAAACAGGAACAACUUUUAGAGAGUAUUUGGAGCUCUACCGGACUUCCUGGUUCGACCUGCAGUCUCAGUCGGCACCCACACGCCAGUACCGGCAAGGAAAUAUUGUACAAACUUGGAUUAUCACCUAUAAAGAGAUCCAGGAACGUGAUCCCACUGCCGCGAAACUCUUGCUUUUACUCGCAUUUUUUGAUAACCAGGAUAUCUGGUAUGAACUAAUUCAAAAGGGUAAUUCAAAACUUCAAAUCUAAUAAGGUUUAUAUUACUGUAUUUAGAUUAUAUUUUCUUACUUAGAUGAUUUAUAAUACAGUAUUUAAAUACAGUAUU